CCGCCAAGCAAAAAAUACUCCACACACGGCAAAAUAAAAUCACUCACUCAUCGAGUCCAAGAUUUUGAGUGCUAGUCAAUUUCGAAAAAUCCCAAUUUUUGGAGUGGAUUUUUUUUAAAUUACAAGUGACAUGUUUGGAUUGGAAGGUGGAGAUGUGGUUCUGUCGUCAUCUUCACGAGAUGGAGACUACCUUCCAGAGGACGACGAUGAUGAGACUACGCUCGAGAGAAUUACCGCACUUUCAGAAAUGUUUCCAGAAAGUGUGAGAAAGGGGACGGCCAAAACGAUAGAGUUUAUGGUGAAAGGGGUGAAAAAAGCUUACUCUUGGGGUCGGACAGGAACUUGGUUUUUCUUUUCCACCGCGAUCAUCACAAUUGCCCCUGUAUUACUGGAAGUUGAAAAAUACCAAAUGGAAGAAAUGCAAAAGAUGCAGCAACGUCAAAUGCUUCUGGGACCAAAUGUUGCACGAAGCUAAGAAAGCGAACAACUAUCUUCUUAUUUUAUAUCAAUCUUCAUAAAUACUAAUUCAUUGUCCAUGUCCUCUGCGUACAUCGUCAUUAAUGUUAUGUUAUACGAAACUCGUAUCAAGAAUUUAAUCAAGUAAUACUAUAUAGUAAGUAGUAACUUCAACCAAGUCAACAGAGAUUGUGUUGUAAAUUUAGUCACAUUUUUGUAAUAAUAAACUGUCAAAUCACAAA